CGGACAGCAGAGGGAGGUUGGACCGGGAACAAUAGAGAGGAACGAAGCCAGCCUUGAAACAGCAAACAAACCGAGAGGGCGACGGAAAGAAAGGAGCCCAGAGGGGCUGAUGGAGGGAGAGGUGCACACGGAGGACAUGUGAAGAACACAGAGGUCGGGGCUUCGCUUUCUCUCUUUAUUAUCGGUGGAUUGGAUUAAACCGGAUUCCGGCAUGAACCCCGCAGAAGCGGCCGAGGAGGCGCCCAGCGACCCCGACACCGAUGCCUUCUACAAAACAGGCUCCCUCAGGACUGAAGGCAUAAAGGCGUCUGAUGUUUUGCCUGUGCUGAAGGAGAAAGUCGCCUUCGUGUCGGGUGGGCGAGAUAAAAGAGGAGGACCAAUUCUGACAUUUCCAGCCAGGAGCAACCACGACCGAAUAAAACAGGAGGACCUGAGGCGGCUGGUCACCUACCUGUCUACUGUCCCCAGUGAGGAUGUCUGCAAACGGGGAUUUACUGUUAUCAUCGACAUGCGAGGAUCGAAGUGGGAGCUAAUCAAGCCUCUGCUGAAGACACUGCAGGAGUAUUUCCCAGCUGAGAUCUGUGUGGCUCUCAUCAUCAAACCAGACAACUUCUGGCAGAAACAGAAGACCAACUUUGGAAGUGCAAAGUUCUCCUUUGAGACCAGUAUGGUUUCAGUAGAAGGCCUGGCCAAACUGGUAGAUCCCUCACAGCUAACCGAAGACUUUGAAGGCUCUCUGGACUACAACCAUGAGGAAUGGAUCGAGCUGAGAGUGUCUCUGGAGGAGUUCAUGUCCAAUGCUGUUCACCUGCUGUCUAGACUGGAGGACCUUCAGGAACUUCUGUCCAUAAAAGACUUUCCUGCAGAUGUAGAAGGAUCCCGGCGAUUAAUAGAGGAGCACACACAGCUGAAGAAAAAGGUGCUAAAGGCUCCAGUGGAGGAGUUGGACCGGGAAGGCCAAAGGUUGCUUCAGUGUAUUCGAUCCAGUGAUGGAUUUUCUGGAAGGAACUGCAUCUCAGGUUCUGCUGACUUUCAGAGUCUGGUACCCAAGGUGGCCAGUCUGCUCGAUAAGCUCCACUCCACAAGGCAGCACCUCCAUCAGAUGUGGCAUGUCAGGAAGCUGAAACUGGACCAGUGCUUCCAGCUGCGCCUCUUUGAGCAGGAUGCUGAGAAAAUGUUCGACUGGAUCAGCCACAACAAGGAGGUGUUUCUGCAGAGCCACACAGAGAUCGGUCGCAGUUACCAGCAUGCUGUGGAGCUGCAGACACAGCACAACCACUUUGCCAUGAACUCUAUGAAUGCCUACGUAAACAUCAACAGAAUCAUGUCAGUGGCGAGCCGGCUGGCUGAGGCCAGCCACUAUGCUUCCACGCAGAUCAAGCAGAUCUCCAGUCAGCUGGAUCAGGACUGGAAAAGUUUUGCUGCUGCACUUGAUGAACGCUCUACCAUCCUCGCCAUGUCCUCCGUCUUUCAUCAGAAGGCUGAGCAGUUCUUGUCUGAGGUGGAGACCUGGUGUAAAGUGUGCAGUGAGGGCGGGUUACCGUCGGAGAUGCAGGAGCUGGAGAUCGCCAUCCAUCGGCACCAGAGCCUGUAUGAGCAGGUGACCCAGGCUUACACCGAGGUGAGUCAGGAUGGGAAAGCUCUGCUGGAUGUGCUGCAGAGACCUCUGAGUCCAGUCAACUCCGACUCCCUCACAGCGACGGCUAAUUACUCCAAAGCGGUUCACUGCAUCCUGGACGUGGUGCACGAGGUUCUUCACCAUCAGCGGCGUCUGGAGAACAUCUGGCAACAUCGAAAGGUCCGACUUCACCAGCGGCUGCAGCUGUGUGUGUUCCAGCAAGAUGUGCAGCAGGUUUUGGACUGGAUAGAAAACCACGGGGAAGCUUUCCUCAGCAAACACACAGGUGUUGGGAAAUCCCUCCAUCGAGCCCGAGCCCUGCAGAAAAGACACGAUGACUUUGAAGACGUAGCCCAGAACACAUACACCAAUGCAGACAAGCUGCUGGAGGCGGCCGAGCAGCUGGCACAGACAGGAGAAUGUGACCCAGAGGAAAUCUACAAGGCCGCCCGACACCUGGAGGUGCGGAUCCAGGACUUUGUUCGGCGAGUGGAGCACAGGAAGCUGCUGCUCGACAUGUCUGUCUCCUUCCACACACACACCAAGGAGCUGUGGUCGUGGAUGGAAGAGCUGCAGAAGCAGCUGCUGGAAGACGUGAGCUGUGACACGGUGGACUCGGUUCAGACUCUGAUUCAACAGUUUCAGCAGCAGCAGACGGCCACACUGGAGGCCACACUCAACGUGAUCAAAGAGGGAGAGGAACUGAUGCAGCAGCUCAGAGAUGCAGCCAUGUCGACCAGCAAGACGCCACACUGCAGUUCCAUCGCGCACAUUCAGGGGGUGCUGCAACAGCUGGAUGAGGCACAGGGCCAGAUGGAGGAGCUGUUCCACGAGCGCAAAAUCAAGCUGGACAUUUUUCUGCAGCUGCGCAUCUUUGAGCAGUACACACUAGAGGUGACAGCAGAGUUGGACGCCUGGAACGAGGAUCUGUCCCGUCAGCUGAGCGACACCAACCGUUCGGGUGGCAGCAGCAGCAGCAGCGGCAGCAGCUCCUCCUCAGGCGGUGCAGAGGACAUAAGCCUGGCAGAGCAGCGGCUGAAACGGCAUGCAGAGAGGAAGACUGCCAUGAACAACAUGGCCUACGAGGUGAUGCAGCAGGGUCAGGACCUCCACCAGUACAUCAUGGAGGUACAAGCGUCAGGGAUCGAGUUGACAGGAGAGAAGGACAUGGACCUGGCCUCUCAGGUCCAGGAGCUGCUGGAGUUCCUCCACGAGAAGCAGCAGGAAGUCGACAUCAGCACGCAGCAUACACACACACGGCUGGAGCAGACCCUGCAGCUACGCCACCUACAGGCUGAGGUUAAACAGGUACUGGGUUGGAUCCGUAACGGUGAGUCCAUGUUGAAUGCCAGCAUGGUGAACGCCAGCUCUCUGUCUGAAGCCGAACAGCUGCAAAGGGAGCAUGAACAGUUCCAGAUGGCUAUAGAGUCUCUCUUUCACGCCACCUCCCUCCAAAAGACUCAUCAGAGUGCGCUGCAGGUGCAGCAGAAGGCUGAGAUGAUGCUGCAGGCAGGUCACUAUGAUCCUGAGGCGAUCCGAAGCUGUGCCGAGAAGGUGGCUGUCCACUGGCAGCAGCUGAUGCUGAAGAUGGAGGACCGCCUGAAGCUGGUCAAUGCCUCUGUGGCCUUCUACAAAACAUCAGAGCAGGUGUGCAGUGUGCUGGAGAGCCUUGAGCAGGAGUACCGGCGGGACGAAGACUGGUGUGGCAGCCAUGAAAAACUUGGGAGUUCAGUAGAGAGUGAGCACCUGCUGCCCCUGAUCAGCAAACACCUGGAGCAGAAGGAAGCCUUCCUGAAGGCGUGCACGCUGGCUCGGAGGAAUGCUGAGGUCUUCCUCAAAUACAUCCACAGAAACAAUGUGAGCACACCGGGAGCUGCAGGCCAUGCUAGAGGACCUGAGCAGCAGGUCAAAGCCAUUCUCAAUGAGCUGCUGCAGAGGGAAAACCGGGUUCUGCACUUCUGGACGUUGAAGAAACGAAGGCUGGACCAGUGUCAGCAGUACCUGGUGUUUGAACGGAGCGCUAAACAGGCUCUGGACUGGAUCCAGGAGACAGGAGAUGUUUACCUCGCUACACACACAUCACCUGGGGACAGCAGUGAGGAAACCCAGCAGCUGCUCAACAACUACCAUCACUUCAAACUUUCUGCUAAGCAAACCAAGGAAAAGGUGAAACUUCUGAUCCAGCUGGCGGACAACCUGGUGGAGAAAGGCCACGCCCACGUGUCGGAGCUGAAGCGCUGGGUCAGCACGGUGGACCGCAGGUACCGAGACUUCUCCCUUCGCAUGGCCAAAUACCAGGAGAGCCUGGAGAGGAGCCUGGGCAUCAGCUCUGAGGACAACAAGGACCUGGAGCUGGACAUCAUGCCUGCGAGUUUGACCAACGACCCUGAGGUCAAACUCCGCGAUCCAAACCACGAGGUAGAUGAGGAGAAGAGAAAGUCUGCCAGGAAGAAAGAGUUCAUCAUGGCGGAGCUGCUGCAGACGGAGAAGGCCUACGUCAGGGAUCUCCAGGAGUGUCUAGAAACCUACCUGAAGGAGAUGACCAGGAGUGAAGAGGAGAUUCCUCCAGGCAUCGCCAACAAGGAGCAGAUUAUUUUUGGCAACAUGCAGGAGAUCUACGACUUCCACAACAAUAUUUUCCUGAAGGAGCUGGUGAACUAUGAGCAGCUGCCGGAGGAUGUGGGCCACUGCUUCGUCACCUGGGCUGAUAAGUUCCACAUCUAUGUGGACUACUGCAAGAACAAACCCGACUCCAGUCAGCUUAUCCUGGAGCACGCUGGCAGCUUCUUUGAUGACAUUCAGCAGAGACGUGCCCUGGCAAACACACUCAACUCCUACCUCAUCAAACCAGUCCAGAGGAUCACAAAGUACCAACUUCUGUUAAAGGAGCUGCUGUCUUGCUGUGAAGAGGGUAAAGGGGAGAUCAAAGACGGCUUGGAGGUGAUGCUCAGCGUUCCUAAGAGAGCCAAUGACGCCAUGCACUUAGCCAUGCUGGAGGGCUUUGAGGAGAACCUGGAGGUUCAGGGUGAGCUGAUCCUGCAGGACAGCUUCCAGGUUUGGGACCCGCGCGCACUGAUCCGGAAGGGCCGGGACCGACACCUCUUCCUGUUCGAGUUCUCAUUGGUCUUCAGCAAAGAGAUCAAAGACUCAGCAGGAAGAACCAAGUACCAAUACAAGAACAGACUACUGACAGCAGAGCUCGGGGUAACCGAGCACAUAGAGGGCGACCCGUGUAAAUUUGCCCUGUGGGCAGGAAGAACCCCGUCUUCUGAUAAUAAAACUGUGCUAAAAGCAUCCAGCAUGGAAGCCAAACAGGAAUGGAUAAAAAACAUCCGUGAGGUGAUCCAAGAGAGAAUGACUCACCUGAAGGGGGCGCUGAAGGAGCCUCUUCAUCUGCCUAAAGCACCUGCACUGACUAAGCCCAGGAACUUCACUAAAAGGGAGGGAGGGGAAGAUGGAGACAGUCAGGGAGACGGCAGCAGCCAACCAGAUACCAUCUCCAUCGCCUCCAGGACAUCCCAGAACACCAUAGACAGUGACAAGCUCUCUGGUGGGUGUGAGCUGACCGUGGUCCUCCAGGACUUCACAGCAGGAUGCAGCACAGAGCUGUCCAUCAGCACAGGCCAGACUGUAGAGUUGUUGGAGCGGCCCACAGAGCGGCCCGGCUGGUGUCUUGUCCGGACCACCGAGCGCAGCCCGCCUCAGGAGGGGCUGGUCCCCAGCUCGGCUCUCUGCGUCUCUCACUCUCGGUCCAGUGUUGAGAUGGACUGCUUCUUCAGCUCAGGGAAAGAAAACUACCAUGUGAGCAGCUCUGACAGGAAGACCGAGUCUGUAGCGAACCUGCAGCCGCAGCCGUCCCUCAACUCCCUUCAGUCCAGUUCUCCAAAUGUUUCCAAACGUUCUGGAAACCAGAAGUGGAAGUGGCUGCCCAGUUCAGGCCGCAGGAUCAGCUCCGGCAAGAAACCAUCCAGCACUAAGCAGAAGAAGCCAGAACUUGGUUCUGGAAGAGAUGGUGGUGGAAAGGCUAAUGAGCGCAGUCAGCCAGGAAAGGAGGACAAUGAAGAGAGAGUAAGCAUCAAGGAUGGGAACCCUCCAUCGAAACAGUCUCCUGGGAUACAGAGUGGUGGAGAAGAGGAGCCAGAGCCAGAUGAUGAGCCCCACCUUCCUCUUCCUCCACCCAUGGAGAUCAUGAAGGACCCCUCAGCUUCAGAAGAAAAGUCUUCAUCCUUGCUAACAUCUCUGCAGUCGUCCUCUGACGUCCCCAGCGCUGCAGAGCUGGUUAGCGCCAUAGAGAAGUUGGUUAAAACCAAGAUGACGGUGGAACCGUAUCCAGGCUUCACCCCUCCAUCUCCACCGGAACAACACACACCAGUUCAGGCACGGAACUCCGAACAGGACCAGAAAGCCAAAGCUAUGAGACACCGGACGUUUGUCCUGAACGAGCUCAUUCAGACAGAGAAGGACUACGUCAAAGACCUGGGAAUCGUGGUGGAGGGAUUCAUGAAGAGGAUAGAAGAGAAGGGCGUUCCAGAGGACAUGAAGGGAAAAGAGAAAAUAGUAUUUGGGAACAUUCACCGCAUCUAUGACUGGCACAGAGAGUUCUUCGUAGGAGAGCUUGAGAAGUGUGUUGACGACAACGGGCUCCUCCCAGAACUUUUCAUCAAGCAUGAGAGAAGACUGCACAUGUAUGUGGUUUACUGUCAGAAUAAACCCAAAUCAGAGUACAUCGUUGCAGAAUAUGACAAAUUCUUUGACGGGAUCCAGCAGGACAUUCAAUCUAAACUGAGCAUCAGUGAUUUCCUCAUUAAACCCAUCCAGAGAAUUACCAAAUACCAGCUGCUGCUAAAGGACUACCUGAAGUACAGCUCUAAGGCUGGCAUUGACUGUAAGCAAAUUGAGAAAGCUGUGGCGUUGAUGUCUGAGGUUCCUAAGCUCUGCAAUGACAUGAUGAAUCUGGGCCGGCUUCAGGGAUAUGAGGGAAAUCUGGCCAAUCAGGGCAAACUACUGCAGCAGGAAACCUUCUUUGUGACGGAACAAGAUGCUGGAGUCUUGUCGCGAUCCAAAGAACGCAGAGUCUUCCUCUUUGAGCAAAUCGUCAUCUUUAGUGAACUGCUCAGGAAAGGCUCAUCCACACCUGGCUACCAGUUCAAAAAAGCUAUUAAGGUGACCAACCUGGGACUAGAGGAAACUGUCGACAACGAUGCCUGCAAAUUCGUCAUGUUCUCUCGCGGCUCAUCGGAGCGCUUCACUCUGCAGGCCGCCAACGUUGACACCAAGCAGGUCUGGGUCCAACACAUCCAGAACAUCCUGGAUGCUCAGAAUGACUUCCUGUCAGCUCUGCAGUCUCCCAUUGUGUACCAGCAGUGUCAAAGCAAAGACAGCGGCUCCUCUCUGAUCAGACGGUCCUCAUCGUCAGGAAACCGGCCAUCUUCAUCCUCCCACAGCCGGCCGUCCUCAGCUCUGGGCUUCAGUGAGAAGAGCCCUUUAAAAGUGUCUACCUCCAAUGGCAGCUCCUCUUGCUUUGAAUCCAGUCAUGAUGACUGUAACGGCCUCUUCUCCACCAUGCGGGUCACUCAGGACUACUCUGCACUCAAAGAGAACGAGAUAUGUGUCAGCAGAGGAGACGUGGUCCAAGUCCUGACCAUCAAUCAGCAGAACAUGUACCUUGUUUUUCGGCCAGCCGACAGCCAGUCACCCGAGGCCGAGGGCUGGUUGCCAGGACACGUCCUGGGCCCGCCCACAAAGUCCAUAAAAGACUCUUUCUCCACUUCCUCCUUCCCAGCCGCUGUGGCAGAUGCCAACAACAUCAAGAAGUCUUUGUCAUGGAACACGCUGCGCGCUAGGAAACGUGCUGAAUCCAGGGACAGCUCCUUUCUGGGGUUCAGGAGUCAGGACAACAGCCUCCUCCGUAAACCCAAAGAUGGCGUCGUCUCCCCCCUCCCGCUAGCCCUGCCAAGCCCCAGCCACAAGGCUAAAGACCUGCACACCUCUGAUGAGUCAGAAAGUGAGGAAGACCUUGACCCAAAGACUGGCAUGGAGCUUCUUAACCCAAACUUCAUCCAGGAAGUGGCCCCGGAAUUCCUGGUACCGCUGUCAGAUGUGGUGUGUGCAUUUGGGGAGACAGUCAUCCUCUGCUGUAAAGUCUGUGGACGACCCAAACCCACGGUAACCGUGAAGGGCCCCGACCAGAACCCCGUCACCAGUAACAACCGCUUCACCAUUGAUAUCAGGGACACUGGUGACAUCCUGAUGAAGAUCUGCAACUUAAUGCCUCAGGAUACAGGGAUCUACACCUGUGUUGCUGUUAAUGAUCAUGGCUCUGCUUCUUCCUCUGCAUCUAUUAAAGUUCAAGGUAUCCCAGCAGCCCCGGGGAGGCCUCUGGCUCAGGAGGCAAGCAGCACCACGGUGCUGGUCCACUGGCCACCUCCAGCUUCAUCUGCUCACUGCGCCAUCACCAGUUAUGCUGUAGAGUACAGACAGGAAGACUCAUUCUUGUGGCAGCAGGCGGCCAGCUGCAGGGAGGAGUGUGUCCAGAUCGAUAAUCUUAUUCCUGGAGGUCACUAUCAAUUCAGAGUUCGAGCCUCCAACCGCUGGGGGGUUGGCCCUCCUUCACAACCCUCAAAUAUGGUCACACUGGGCAGCUGCACCUCUGGGUGUGAUGGAACAGGGGUUCAGUGGAAAGAAAAUUUUGAGUCAGUCUUCACUGAGAUCAACGAGAUUGGAAGGGGGCGCUUUUCAGUCGUGAGAAAAUGUUUGAACAAAUCAACAAAGAAAGAGGUUGCUGUUAAGUUUGUGAAUAAGAAAAUGCAGAAGAAAGAGCAAGUAUCUCAUGAAGCAGACAUUCUCCGUCAUGUCCAGAAUCACCACUUGGUGGCGCUGCUGGACACUUAUGAGUCUCCUACCUCUCUGAUGUUCAUCCUGGAGCUGCUAGAAGAUGGACGUUUGCUUGAGUAUCUUGUUGCCCACGAUGAGCUGAUGGAAGAGAAAGUAGCAUUUUUUAUCAGAGAAACUUUGGAGGCUCUCCAGCACCUUCAUACCUGCAGAGUGGCACAUCUGGAUCUCAAGCCUGAGAAUAUCAUGGUGGAUCUUAAAGCUCCGGCUCCAUCUGUCAAGCUCAUUGACCUCGGUGACGCCGUCCAGCUCUCUGCUAGCCGCCGAUAUGUCCACCUCUUACUUGGAAACCCAGAGUUUGCAGCCCCUGAGCUCAUCCGAGGUACGCCAGUAUCUGUUUCGACAGACGUGUGGAGCAUGGGCGUGCUGGCCUACGUGAUGCUCAGUGGCGUAUCCCCAUUUCUGGAUGAGUCACCAGAGGAAACGUGUGUAAACAUUUGCCGCCUGGACUUCUGUUUCCCGGAUGAAUACUUCCAUCAUGUAAGUCAGGCAGCCAGGGAUUUUGUGUCUUCAGUGCUGCAGGAGGAUCCCAGGAAGAGGCCUAGUGCCACUUCAUGUUUACAACACCCGUGGGUGGGCCGGGGGGGCGCUCAAGGAGGUGAGUACUCCAAGAUGCCCCUGGACAGGUCGAGGUUGGCCACAUUCAUCGAUCGGAGAAGACAGUUACACGACGUCCGUCCCAUCACCAACAUCAAAGGUUUGGUGAGCAGCACUAUGGGCAACACACUGUGAUGGAGAGAACCAUGAACAGUUAGUCCUUCUGUGAACACCAACACUGAAAUGUCUUUACUAUUUUACUGUCUUAUGGACUUAUGAGUAAAAAACUUUCCCAUUUGGUCCAACUUAUAAUCAUCUUGAAUCUGGGUGGGUCACUGUUUGUAAAACUAUUUGUGGCUCAGAACAGUUAUUUAUUCCACAACUUGUUAAUUUAUUUUUUGUUUGUAUGCUUUAAAAUACAUCCACUAUAACCCAAAGAAAUCAUCUCAGCCAUGUAGAAAGACAUGAAAACACUAAACAGCAGCCAUCACUUCUUAGCCACAAUGUUCAUAUUUGCACCAAGAUUUACAGGCUGUAUUUAUAGAAGAGAAGCUAAAGUUAUUUUUCAUGUAAAUUGUUCACAUCUUACAGAAAACUUUGACAAGCCAACAAGCAUCCUGCACUUUCAUCCAUUUCUCUGGCAAAGACGUGAACAAAAAAUAAUCAAAAACUGUAGUGGCAUAAUCUCACAAUGAACAAUUAUUAUAUAUCAUUAUAUUAAUCCAAUUGGGUGAAAUUUAGCAAUAAUAAAUACAUGUUGUUGGUUUUUUUGCAUUAUCUUGUUGAAAGUUCCAAUGAUGACCCUUUUAUAUUUCCGUAGUUUGCAGGCACUGGCAAAUGGUUAUUACAUUUCAAAGAAGUAAUGAUACCAUGCACUUGAACCAGGAUUUCAAGGCCUUUGGAGGACAACAGGCCCACAGCAUCACAGAUCCUCCACUAUGCUUGAUGGGCAUGAUGUGCUUCUAUAUAGUCAUACUUUGCUUUAUUGCGAACCUUUUUGGAGUGGUUUUGUCAAAAAGCGCCAUUUUAGAGUCCUCUAACUAAAAGAUAGGAUUCCAUUUAAAGCCCAUGUAGAGUUUCAACAUGAUUAUGAUGGUAGGAUGGACAAACGUCUUUCUGGCAUAACUUCCAAAUAGUUGCUGUUAAAGAAUUUUGGAGUCCACAAGAUCAAUACUAAGGAUACAUUUUAUAUCCAAAUCCAAUAUGGCAGUCAAAAGGAGAGGUCUUUGGAGUCUGUGGUUUUCCUAAAUGUUGUAACACAGUUUAUCUAAAAGUUGAACAAUGCUGAGCCUUAGCAGCUCUGUUAUUGGUGUGUAAUACUUGUUCAUCAGAACACACUGUUGAUCGAGAACACACAGGAGGCAGAACUCUUCAUCCACCCUGCUGGGAUGGAAAGCAGAGUUCAUUGUCAAACAUUACUUUUGGAAAUGUUUUUGAAUUUUUUAGAUGUGCUUGUGUUGAAUUUGUUAAAACUCGCUGUUUUUUUUUAUUUGACGGAAUGGAUGUAAAUGUUAACUGAGAUCCAACCUCCAAACUUACUGAAACCCAGACUUCUUCAGGCCUUAUAAAGGCUCUAUAAUUCUUUGUGUAUGAAUGAUUAGAAGAAGACUGAAUCAGUGUUAUUUUCUUGUCGGAUGGUACAUCUUCAUCACCUGGACUCUUUGUAAAUGUCCCUUUUCUGUAUUAAAAACUUCUGAAUUGAUUUUAACAGGCUGA